AUGAUGUUCGCGGUUCGUGCUGGCGCUCGAGCGCCGUGCGCUCAGGCCGCCCCCGCCCGCCCCGCGGCGCGCAGGGCUGCUCAUAGGAUGGUUGCCCGGGCCGCGUCCGAGAUGGACGUCGAGACCAAGGUGGAAGCCGAGGCGGAGGGCCUCACUGGUGAAGAGAUCAACGCGAUGAUGGACCUCAUGUGCAACGAGACGGAGUUCCUCGAGCUCGGCCUCGAGAUGAAGGGCUUCAAGAUGACGAUCAAGCGCUCCAGUGGCGCCGUGCCCGAGACCCCGGUCGCCGCCGCCGCCCCGGCGCCCGCCGAGGCCCCCGCGCCGUCCCCGGCGCCCGCCGAGGCCUCCACGAGCUCGCUGUCGGACGACGAGGAGGACGCGAGCGUCGUGUCGGUGGAGGCGCCCAAGGUGGGCAUCUUCCGGCGCGGGUACUACGCGCGCGGGAAGCGCGUGGGCAACGGCAACUCGGUGGACGUGGGGCAGGAGGUGAAGCAGGGCACGAUCGUCGGGUUCGUCGAGCAGCUCGGGACGUUCUGGCCCGUGGAGGCCCCCAUGACGGGGGAGGUGUUUAAGUUCCUGAAGGACGACGGAGACACGGUGGGGUACAAGGACGUGGUCGCGGAAAUGCACCCCUUCUUCGGCGGCAACCUCCCCGGCGAGCGCGUGUAG